CGGACCUAAGAUGGCGGCAUAGGAUACAGUCCGCGCUAAAUGCAGCCUAAUCAGUAUACAUUAUACAUAUGAAAUGAAAGAUGUAUAUUUAGAUUGGAGCGAGAAAGAGGCAAGAUGCAAAGCAUAGAAAGUGAUGCGGUUAGAACGUUAGAACGAACAAAACACGUUGAACAAGACACAUUUUUUCUUUUUUUCCACAGACUCGCAACCGAGGAUAUUUUUGUCAUACGGUUGAUUAGGAAUCUUGAUUGAAUAUAUAUACAAUCACAUAUAAAAAAUAUGGAUUCAAUGGAGCAUAAAAUACCCAAAGUAGAAUGUCAAACAUCCAUUGUGGGGAACAAUGAACCUUUAUUUAAGUUAGACGAGCCAGUUACCACAGCUCUAAAUAUAAGUUCAACGACAACAAAUAACUUUAAUGAUGAAGAUAGUUUAUCUUUUGUAGUACUAGGUAAAGAUUCAAUAGAUGCAACUCAGGCUUCUGUAUUAGCGUCAUAUGUUGACAUUCAGCAGAAAAGCAUGUCAAUUGAUUAUACAUCGAUGAUUUUGCCACUGAGCACAGAUGAGAUGCAAAAGAAGUUGACUGAUGUGUUGCAAGAAAAUGUGAAAUUAAAAGAAACUUUGAAACAAAACACUUUAUCUAUGAAAGAACAAUUUAAUACUUUGGCAAUGUGGCAAGAAGAAGUGAUGAAGGUUCAUGAAACUCAUAAAAAGAAGUUUGCAGAGACUAGAGAGCUCGUCACUCACCUUAAGAAGGAAAACGCUGAACUGAAAACUGAACUGUCACAAUUGCAACAUACUGAAAGCAUAGGAUUUGAGUUUUUUCAGACAAUUGGUACAAUUCUCAAUGAUACCACUGAUGUUUAUAGUGCUCAAACAGAACUUCAACAAAUUGUACCAAAACUCAAGACUGCGAUAUCAAAAAUGGAUCUUGAAGAAUGCAAACAUUACAUAACAUGUAUAAUAUCUGAAAAAUUUGCUGAGAAAGCGCUACAAGAUAAACUAGAAGAAUUAAAAAUGGAAAAAGAAUUAGAAUCGGCAAUGAAAUCAUUAAGUUAUGUUGACAGCCAAAACUCUGCAAAAAUUAUAGAAAAUCAAAAAAUUUUGGAAGAAAAAAAUGAAGAAAUCAAACAUUUGAAAGAAUCUAUUGCUUUGCUUGAAGAAAAAUUGCAAUGUGCUCUCACUCCCAUUCAAUUACCUGAAAUAUCGAAAUCAUCAACCAGUCUAAGUCAUCAGAAAUUCGUGCAAAAUAUAAAGCAAUAUAAUGAUUUAUUACAAGAGUUAACUGAAUGUUACGUACAACAAAUAGAACGCUUUGCUACCAUAGAAAAAAGUUUAAAAGAGAUUACAGACAUACUUAUGAUACUUGAUGAUGACAACUCGAAAAUGCAGUUUUAUCAAUAUAGAGAAAAAUUAUGUUAUUGCUGCAAACAGUUAGCCGAUGAGCAGGUGAAAAUUAUCUCUGACAGGCAGACUCUGAUUAAAUCACAAAAACAGUUUCAGAAUAUAUUCUCAGAUUACAAUUCCAUAUUAUACGAACUAGAAAUGACGAUUUAUGAAAAUGCGAAAUUGAAUGUUUUAAAGGAUAAUAGCACUCGUGAGAACAUGCAGAAAUUGGAAGAAUUAGAACAAAUUAAGCGCGAUAAGCAAUUAUUUGAAGAGGAAAAAAGAAUUUUGAAACAAGAGAAGGAUAAUCUGGAAGAAGAAAAAAAAUCACUUGAAAGUCAGAAAAAGAGUUUAGAUGUGGAACGCGUAUCGUUGUGCGAUGAAAAACAACUUGUAAUGCAAGAGAAAAUCAGUCUAAAUGAAGAGAAAAUGUCACUCGAUCAUCAAAGUCAAUUAUAUGAAAAUUGCGAAAAAGCUCUGCAAAAAGAAAAAAAACUGUUGCAAGUUUAUUGUGAGGAGUUGCUAGACAAGGCGAAUAUCCUGGAACAGAAAGCUGAGAAGAAAAAUAUUGAAUUUAAAGAAAUAAUGGAACAACUUGCACAAAGCAUGGAAGAAAUUAAUCUAUUAAGAUCACAAUUAACAAUCUACGAAGAAGACUUCCAAUGUGAGAAAAGACUUAAAGAAUCCUUGCUAGAAGAGAAAAGUAAAUUGGAGAUGGAAUUGCAGAAACAAGCAGAAUAUAACAAAAAAUUACAAACAUCUGCGGUCCAGCAGACCACCAGCUCUAAUGAUGCAAAUGGAUCUGAAUAUCGAAACGGUGUUAUAACAGCGUGUCCAAAAUGCGCGAAGCCAUAUCAAGGCUUGUCAGCUUUGAUGGAGCAUAUUGAAAGAUGCUUAGAUUAAUGAUAACUGAAAAACAUAAAUUUGCACUAAUCCAAUUCUGUCGAACAGCGUCGGUGUCAAACAAGGAUACGCAAGAUACUUUCUACUACAACUUUGGAAAACAUAAUGAACGAAUUUCUUUCAACUAUUAUUUAUGGCAAUAUGUGCCUGUGUUGCAUUAUAUGUAUACUAUUUAUGUAUAUACUUAAAAAGACCUUGUAAUGUUGUAUUGUAGGUGAUUUUGAAGCGAAAUUAAGUAUAUAGAAUGAAAAAGUGUGUAGCUCUAAUAUUAAUUAGAGCAACGCGUAGUACGGAUUUUUAAAUUAUGCGUUUUUGAUGAAGAUUACAUAACAUACACAACGUAGACUUAAUACGUUUUUUAAUAUAUUUUAAUAAUAUGUAUUAAUUUUUGUAGUUUGUAGGAAGAAGAAGGUUUUAAAACCAUAUAACUUGUUAUAUUUUUUUGAUCUUUUUUUUUAUUUCAUUUAUAUUACUAUAAUCAUUUUAGUUUAUUUUAAUAUUUAAUACAAUACGUUUGAAGACUACAGUGAAGUAAGAUUUGCAAGUUUUUUUGAUAUAAAAAACAGUUAUUACAUUGAAAAAAUAAUUUUCAAAUUUUUUAUAUUAAGACACGGUGCAUAUAUGUGUGAAUGCUACAUUACAUUAUCAAUAAUUGUAAUACAUCACAUUGUUUGCCCAACAACCACUAGUUACCUCAUGUAAUAGUAUAAAUAUACUAAAUAAUAAAUAUAGUUUUGGAAGAAACAA